AUGGAAUCAGCCAAGCUGAUCAAACUGAUGUAUCGUGGCGAGCGUGUCGGCGAUUGGACUGUAGAGGAAACGAAGCGUUAUGAGCUGGGCAUCGUGCAUUACUUCCAAAAUGUCUAUAAACCGAAACAUAUUCGUGUAAUGAUUGUUUCAUUCGAAUAUGUCGAUGCCGAGAUCACACGUGCUGGCCUAAGUAUGCUUCCGUAUUUGAUUGUUGGUUUUGUAAUAAUGUCAUUUUGUUCAACAAUUUCGACGCUUCUCAGCGCUGCAUAUAUGCAACAAAUGAAUUUUCAUAAGGUUAGUAAUUCUAACAGUCAAAUGGUACUGGCUUGUAUUCUGAAACAAUUCUCGGAUGAUUUGCUCUCAUUCUUGCGGUAA